AUUCCUUCCCCCCUGCUCACCCUUCGAUCCAACUCGCACCCAUCUUACAGCUUGCUUUAUCAUGAUAUCUUUAUAUGAAUAUAUAUCUAGAGAGAGAGAGAGAUCUUUGUCAGUGUUUGGUUGUGGUUUUGUUUCUUGGUGUUUAAUGCAAAGAUGGAGUGAGGACAUGGGAAGAUACGGGUGAAAUCUGGUCGGAUCUUGCUUUGCAAGGGGUCGGAUUUGGUGGGCCGGAAGGUGGCUUAUAUUUCGAUUGCCUUAGCUGUCUGGAAGAGUCCACUGCGAGCGAGAAGGAAAGUGGGAAGGGACGACCUCCACCUCUCCUGCUACUUCUGCUGCUGUUGUCCGUUUCCCCCGCCUUCUCCGUCUCUUGGCCCUCCUCGAAGCUGGUUGUUGUGGCGAGGAACUGGUCGAUGGCUGUUGAUGCAGAGGCCCAGUUCCAUGUCCUGGCCGUGGAUGACAGCCUCAUGGACAGGAAGCUCAUCGAGAGACUCCUCAAGACCUCUUCCUUUCAAGUCACCACAGUGGAUUCCGGGAGCAAGGCUCUUGAGGUCUUGGGGUUGAGCGAAGACCAAACAAGCCCAUCGGCUGUCUCACCAGAACACAAUGAGAUUGAGGUGAAUUUGGUCAUAACAGAUUACUGUAUGCCUGGGAUGACAGGGUAUGACCUCCUCAAGAAGAUUAAGGGAUCAUCAUCUUUGAAGGACAUCCCGGUGGUGGUCAUGUCAUCCGAGAACGUGCCUUCCAGAAUAAACAGAUGCUUAGAAGGUGGGGCAGAAGAGUUCUUUCUGAAGCCAGUGCAGCUCUCAGACAUGAAAAGGCUCAGGCCUCAUAUUCUUAAAGGGAGAUCAAAAGACCAACAGCUGCAACGAGAAGAAAACAGUAACACCAUCAUCAUCAGCAGCGGUGGCAGUAAAAGGAAAGCCAUGGAUGAGGAACCUUCACCCGAGAGGACAAGACUCAGAUUCUCCACUGGUAGCUUAACCAUAUUGUGAUAUGAACAAACAUGUUUGUCGACUAGCUGAAGAUCCUCAUCGGAGCGUUGAGUUUCUUCGGGUGCUGCCAGAGAAUUCACAUACCAUGCCGAUUUUGCGGUGGCUAAAGUUACCGAGAAGUAGGAAAUGUAAAUAGCCGGAGGACGAAGACGAUGAUGAUUUGGCUGGAUUCAUGAGAUACCUACCAUCAGGUGUUUGUUUCAUGGUGCCAGGGAGACUUUUUGCUAGUUUCUGCUAAAAUACUUUCUGGUGACAAAUGACAUCGUCUUUGAGCAUCCAGAGUAAAAGAACUACUCCCAUCGCGAUGCAGGGAAAAGAAGUAGCCUUGGAUCUCUGAUCCGAAUGAUGCGACACUUCUCAAGCUUCUGAUUUCAUCCUUGAUUCAACCUGGCUUAUGCUGUUUGGUUUUGUAUUCAUCAAUGGCAGAAUGUUUUAACAGGAGCGAGUUUUCAAUAAAUAUCAUCGGACGGUGAGGCAUAUCACCAAAAUCGAACACUUUGAUAUUCUCAGAGAAUCUAGAGAGAUCCAACUUUUGAAACCUUAUGGUCAUUCAUUGCUUGUAACUGGAUCCAAUAUGAUCUGUAAUCCAUCUUGAGCAGGAAAAGAUUGUGGAACAA